AUGGGGGAAAUCGUCUCAGUAAUCGCCAUGAGGCCUGUGACUUUCUUCAUCCUCUUGACGUUUGCAGUGCUUUUGCUUCCUAGUGUUGUCAUCCCAAUAUGGUACCAUAUGAUGAAAAAGAUUGAGAAAAAUGUGGAAAUGGAAGCAAGUUAUGCACAUCAUGAACUCAUUACAAAAGUUCAAGAUGUAGCAAAACUAAUACUUCCCAUUAAUUCAUCAGCCAUCAAUCUUGCAAAUGUAUUGGACACUAAUAUCGGUGACAAAUUUUUAUUUUCCGAAGUUCAAAAUAAGGUGGCCCCGGUCUUAUUUGAUGCACAAUUAAUCAUGCCUCGUAUAACCCAAGCUUCAUAUAUUGGUUUGGAUGGCCUAUUCUUUUCAUACAUCAAAGUUGGUGAUCAAAUAAUUGCAACAUACUCUAACUCGACUUUUCCAAAUAAUCUUGAUCAUUACACUUGGUAUACUCAACUUGUGAAUUCUAACAACGGAAAAUUAUAUGGAGAAGCCAGGAUCACAAAAUCCUACAAUGUAGUAAGCGAGACAUGGUUUAAACAAGCAAUGGCUAGCCCAAGUGGUUAUGUUUCAUUAGGGUUUCAAUGGAGUACUAGUGAUGGAAAUGAAGGCUCGAGUUUAUUCUUAGACACCGCGAGACUAGGGGGAAAAGGAGCAAUUUCUCUAGGGUUUUCUAUUAUAGGCAUGACCGAUUUUUUAUCUAGUCUAAAUCUUUUGGGUGCAAGCUUGUACAUGGCAACUCUUGGUGAUGGCAAGGUACUAAUGGAAGGUAACAAAGAGGCCAACAUAAAGAUAGAUGGUGACAAAGCUUUGAUUCAAGGUAGUAGCACCAAAGGUUAUGUUGGUGAAGUUCCAUGUAAAACCAACAAUGAUGUUACAAAUGUUGAUGGUACAAUCUUGGAAAUUGGAGGAGCCAAUUUCAUUUUCUAUUGCUCAAUAAUAGAUAUAUCCACUAUGCCUUUGGCAUAUGUGUUGACUAUUCCAAACAAGGGACUAGUUAGCCAUGUUCAUAGUCACACAAAGUUGGCAUUGUUACUUCUAAUCCUAAUGAUGGUUGCAAUGGUGAUCUCCGUCUUUGCGUUUGUGGCCUUGAUCGUUCGGGCGGCGCGGCGGGAGGUGCACCUAUGUGCGGCGUACAUGCGAGAAAUGGAGAAAACUGCGCAAGCUGAGAGAAAGAGCAUGAAGCAAAGCUUAGCUUUUGCAAGUGCUAACCAUGAUGUUCGUGGCUAUUUAGCUUGCAUUAAGGGCUUAAUUGAUCUCUCUUCUAAUGAUAUUGCUCCUUCUGAUGAAAUUGCUUCUAACUUGAGAAAGAUUGGUACUUGUGCCGAGGACCUUUUAGCAUUAGUGAACUCCAUUCUAGAUUUUAGCAAGAUUGAAGCAGGCAAAAUGCAAUUGGAGGAUAAAGAAUUCAACUUAGCACAACUUCUUGAAGAUAUAGCUGAUUUACAUCACCCAGUUGCAAUGAAAAGAGGAGUAGAACUUAUAUUAGACCCUUAUGAUGGUUCUAUCUUAAAGUUCUCCCAAGUGAGAGGUGACCGUGGCAAGCUCAAGCAGAUACUAAGCAACUUGCUAAGCAAUGCUGUCAAGUUCACUUCAAAAGGGUACAUUUGUAUUAGAUGUAAUGCAAGGAAGCCGAGUUUGGAGAACUCGAUUAUUGCUUCAAACAAGAACAACCUCUUAAACAGGUUAUCGCGCUUCUUUCAUAAAAAUAAGCGCGCAUAUAAUGAUCUUGAAGAGAUGAAGACUAUCAAGCAAGAUCCUAGUUGCAUGGAGUUUGAGUUUGAAGUAGAAGAUACUGGUCCUGGGAUCCCUAGAGAUAAACGUCGUUCGAUUUUUGAGAACUUUGUUCAAGUUAAAGAAACCUCUGCUGGGCAUGUUGGUACUGGUUUGGGACUUGGCAUUGUCCAAUCUUUGGUUAGAUUGAUGGGGGGAGACAUAGAAAUUGUGGACAAAGCCAACUGUGAGAAUGGGACAUGCUUCAAAUUCAACAUCUUCUUAAUAGUACAAGAGGAGUUGUUAGAUAAUUCAAGGCAAGAAAUAACAGAGCAUACUAGGGACAUAAAUUCGAGCACGGGGCUAAGCACUUGUGUUCGUAGCCCACGAGGCGAAAGGUCUCUAGUGAUUCUCUUGAUCAAGAAUGAUGCACGAAGACAAAUGGUGUAUAGGUACAUGGAGAGCCUAGGAAUAAACUUGAAGGUGUUAAGCCAAUGUAAACAACUAUCUUGGACUUUAAAGAAGAUCAAAUCUAAGCUCAUUGAGCCUCAAUGUUAUAACAACUCUUCGUCUGGGAGGUCCGACUUAAGCCCACCUCGCGGAACCUACUUGAGUAGUAGCUCCGAUCAUUGUUGUCGAGGUGGGUCUAAAUCACUCCCCCUCAAUAUGAUGGAUGGAUCAGAUGUGGCUUUACCAGUGUACAAACGGUCUAGUAUUCGAGGACAAAUGAAGUGUAUACUACUUGUAUUAGACUGUAAUGCAGGGGAUGACUUUCUGAAACUUCAGAGAUCAGUAUCUGAGUUUAGGAAAGACCUUUACAUGACAUGUAUUAAGGUUGUUUGGCUCGAAAGACCGGACACUCGUAGGGCACACUUCCAAGGUCUACAAGAUGAGAGUCUUCCUUCGACUGAUCUAAUCAUAUCGGAGCCUCUUCAUGGGUCGCGUUUGGCAAGGAUCAUAAGGCUUCUUCCUGAGUUUGGGGGUGAUUCUGUAAGAUCCAACACUAGCAUGACAGUUUUACUAAGCAAUAACAGUACACAGUCAGAAACUGAAGAAGAAUUUGGGCAGUCUAGUGAUGGGGAGAUUAAGCCAUCAUCAACUAGGAAGAGAAACUUGAAUUUCAGUAGUAUUUGUAGUGAUGUUCAUGCUCAGGAGCAAGAAGUCCCUAGAGUUGUGAGGAGCUCAAGCAGUGAUAAGUCCACAUCGAUAACAAAGAUCACUCGAAAAGGAGAAAUAGAAGAGGUUUCGAGGAAUGCAGAGGUGAAGAAAUCUUCCUUAGAGGGGCUGAAAAUAUUGAUUGUUGAAGACCAUUUGUUACAAAGAAAACUGGCUGAAGCAUGUGUGAGUCGUUUAGGUGCUGAAACUCAGACAUGUGGAAAUGGCAAAGAAGCCCUUGAGGUGGUCUGCAAAGCUUUAAGUAAGCUACCAAGUGAAGGAAUUUCUAGGUUUCCAUAUGAUUGUAUAAUCAUGGAUUGUCAGUCUAACAAGAGACCAGCUGAUGAUUUUUUUUAUCCACAGAUGCCAGUAAUGAAUGGCUUCGAAGCAACAAUGAGAAUCCGCGAAGAGGAGAAGAAGUACGGCCUACACAUUCCGAUCAUUGCACUGACAGCACAUGAAGUAGACGGAGAAGAAAGCAAGAAAAUUGCUGAGGCUGGAAUGGAUCGCCAUAUGACAAAGCCACUUCAGACUGAGGAGCUCCUGAAACUGAAACAAAGUUUGUUCUAAAACUAAAGAGUUAGAUGUAACUUCUUUAAUUGGGAACUAUACACCAUUGAUACGAAGUUACGAACUAUUCAUGCUGUAACUUAUGUAUUAGUAGGUCUCAAGGAAAUUGUACUUGCAAUAAUGUGUACAUAUGGGUGAGCAACAGGUGGGUGAUAGCCUAGUAGUAUUGGUAUCACCUCCGAUCCCAGAGUUUCUGGGAUCGAGUCUCACCCCAUGCAAA